GAGAGGCUGGGUCUCCCCAAAGGAUCUCAAGUCAGUGUAAACUGCAGAUAUCGGCUCAGGUGGAUAAGCCCUUAAUCAUGGAAAGAAGGCUCAUAAAGAAGGAAAUGAAAAAGCUCCUGGGAGAUUAUAUUGGCAUCAGACUUCGAGAAAAUGAAUUUGACCCAAAAGGAAGAAGGCAACUCACCUUUCUAGAUGAUAUGGCGCACUAUGACCUGGCCUUCCGUGUUGCUUUGCAAUGGCUGGACCAUUCAGAAGACCUCACCUGGCUGGAGUGGGAAGAAGUGAAAAUGCCAUUUCAUGGCAGACCCAUAUAUCCAAACCGUAGAGAGCGAGAAGCAAUGAUUUUAUCAUCCUAUGCUGGAAUCUUAAUGAACAGUAUCCCAAUCGAGGAAGUCUUUAAAAUUUAUGGAGCUGAUUCCUCUGCCAGUUCUGUUACUACCAAGGCUCCCCGAAUUCCAUCUUUCCACCUCUCCCUGCACCCUUUCGCCAUGUUAACAGCACCUAAAGCAGCAGAAUAUGUCCGCAAACAAAGUAUCAAGUCAAGAAAGGGAGUUGCAAAUAAAAAUGCCACCAGCGGCUCCACCAAGGAAGCAAAUGCCUCAGAAUGGAAAUCACCAAGACGUUCCUCAGACAUACAGCCAAAGAACGAAAUCAUCUUCUACGAGGACCGGGGCUUCCAGGGCCGCUGCUACGAAUGCAGCAGCGACUGCCCCAACCUGCAGAACUACUUCAGCCGCUGCAACUCCACGGGCUGCUGGAUGCUCUAUGAGCGCCCCAACUACCAGGGCCACCAGUACUUCCUGAGGCGCGGGGACUACUCGGACUACCAGCAGUGGAUGGGCCUCAGUGACUCCAUCCGCUCCUGCCGUUCAAUUCCUUAUACUUCCUCUCACAGGAUAAGACUGUACGAGAGGGAUGACUACCGAGGCCUCGUGUCUGAGCUCACUGAAGACUGCUCCUGCAUCCAUGAUCGCUUCCGUCUCCAUGAGAUCUACUCCCUUCACGUGCUGGAGGGCUGCUGGGUCUUGUACGAGCUGCCCAACUACCGGGGGCGGCAAUACCUGCUGAGGCCGGGGGACUACCGGCGGUACCACGACUGGGGGGCCAUAGAUGCCAAAGUUGGCUCUCUGAGACGGGCCAUUGACUUGUACUAGUCUGUGUUUUUCUUCUUAUGAUCCGUGUAGAAACACAAUAAAUACACACAUUGUGUU